ACGAGGUUCAGGCGGCGGCGCGCAGCGGGUGGAGGGAGGCUGGAGAGAGUGAGGACGAAGAGGAGGAGGUGCACUCCCACAAUACCAGGCGGGAGGGCGGUAGGCGGUUUGUAUCCGGGCUGUGAGGUGCUCGGAGCCUCGGCGGACCUUGCUGCCUCUGUCUCUUUAACGCGAGAGGAAGCGAUGCAGAGGGGUGGAAAAUGGCAGAGCUGCAGAUGUUACUAGAGGAGGAGAUCCCGUCUGGCAAGAGGGCGAUGAUAGAGAGUUACCAGAACCUGACCCGGGUGGCGGACUACUGUGAAAACAACUACAUACAGAUUCUGUUAGCCUUUUGAAAAUCCAGGAUGCAGUUUUUUCAUGUGAAAGAUUAAUGGAACUUAAAAAAAAUCACUGUGAACAACUUAACAUAAAAAUUUAAAAAAUGGAAAAUAAGGUUAGUGUCCUACAGAAGGAGCUAUCUGAAACAAAAGAAAUCAAAUCACAGUUAGAACAUCAAAAAGUUGAGCUGGAACGAGAAUUCUGCAGUUUGAGAUUUUCCUUAAAACAAGAAGAAGAGAAGAGAAGAAAUGCUGAUAUGUUGUAUGAGAAAAAUAGGGAACAGUUGAGAAGAAAAGAAGAGCAAUAUAGGAAAGAAGUUGAAGUGAAACAACAACUUGAACUCACUCUCAGAACACUAGAUAUGGAAUUGAGGACUGUAAGAAAUAAUUUGGAUCAGGUAGUACAAGAGCGAGAUGACACUCAGAGGCAACUUUCUUGAGAACAGAAUGCCAGAAUAUUACCAGAUGGGAUUCUGACGAAUCACCUUUCCAAACAAAAGGAGAUAGAAGUGGCUCAAAAGAAAAUGAAUUCUGAGGUUUCUCAUAGUCAUGAAAAAGAAGAAGACCUGUUGCAUAAAAAUCACAUGUUGCAGGAUGAAAUUGCCAUGCUAAGACUGGAAAUAGACACGAUAAAAAUUCAGAACCAGGAAAAGGAAAAGAAAUAUUUUGAGGAUAUUGAAAUUGUGAAAGAAAAGAAUGAGGACCUUCAAAAGACUAUAAAACUGAAUGAGGAAACAUUAACAAAAACAAUAUCCCAGUAUAGUGGACAACUUAAUGUUCUGACAGCUGAGAAUACAGUGCUGAAUUCUAAACUGGAGAAUGAAAAACAAACUAAGGAAAGACUGGAAACAGAAGUUGAAUCACACCGUUCUAGACUGGCUGCUGCUGUACAUGAUUGUGAUGAAAGUCAGACAUCAAGAGACGUAGAACUUGCUUUCCAGAGAGCAAGAGAGGAGUGGUUUCGAUUACGGGACAAAAUGAAUUUUGAUGUGUCUAACCUAAAAGAUAACAAUGAGAUUCUUGAUCAACAACUUUGUAAAACUGAAAGCAAAUUCAAUAGCCUAGAAAUUGAGCUCCAUCACACAAGAGAUGCUCUCAGAGAAAAGACUUUGGUUUUAGAACGUGUACAAAGAGACCUUAGCCAAACACGGAGUCAAAUGAGGGAAAUUGAACAAAUGUAUCAAAAUGAACAAGGUAAAGUGAGUAAAUACAUUGGAAAGCAGGAAUCUGUAGAGGAGAGAUUAUCUCAACUACAAAGUGAAAAUAUGCUGCUUCGACAGCAACUGGAUGAUGCUCAGAACAAAGCUGAUAAUAAAGAAAAGACAGUAAUUAAUAUCCAGGACCAGUUUCAUGCUAUAGUCAAAAAACUUGAAGCUGAGAGUGAAAAGCAAAGUCUUCUGCUAGAAGAAAGAAAUAAAGAGUUAAUCAAUGAAUGUAAUCAUUUGAAAGAAAGACAGUAUCAAUAUGAAAAUGAGAAAGCAGAAAGAGAAGUAGUUGUGAGACAACUUCAACAAGAACUGGCUGAUACCCUAAAAAAACAGUCUAUGUCAGAGGCUUCCCUAGAGGUUACAUCGCGUUAUCGCCUUAAUUUAGAAGAUGAGACGCAGGAUUUAAAGAAGAAAUUAGGUCAAAUCAGAAGUCAAUUGGAAGAAGCAUGGGAUCAACAUGCAGAGGCUGUGAGAUGCGCUGAGAAGACACAGGAUCACAUGCAAAAUGUGAGGACGAAAAAGAAGAAUUAAAGAAACUUACUGAGUCAAAACAAUCUCUGGAAUAUAACUUGGAUCAAGAAAUGAAGAAAAAUGAUGAAUUAGAAAAAGAAUUAUCGGGGUAAGAUUUUAAUAUUCUAGAUCAUUUCAUCUGUUAAUUCAUUUAGCUAUAAUUUUACUUUAUUAAAACCUAAAUGUAAAUUCAUUCUGUAUCUGCAUUUUUAUAAAUAAAUUAUUCCAUAUAAAAAUUUAUUUCAGGAACUCACAACACAAUCUGAAACUGUUUUCCAGUGGCCAAAAUAAUACACUUUAAUGAUUUUGAAAACAAUAAUGACAAUGCCUUUUGCAUAUAAUGCCAACUGUACUCUUUUUAUCAUCUACUUUGAGUUUUUCUUUCUGAAGAUAUUUUAACCUGUUUUUGGUAAUCUUUCCUUAUUUUGGUAGUAUCCUUCCUUUCAGUAUUCAAAUCCUUUAAUGUCCGAAUACCUAUGUGUGUCAUUUUGUAACAACAUCGAAAAUUGUCUUGAUUUAAUUACAUGUUCCUCCUGCCUCUUUUUUAAAAAUUGUAAAAUAUAUCAUGGAAAUUUACUUAUUUUCUGUGGGCGUCUCCCAUGUAUACGUGAAGUAUACAUGUUAUUAAACUUCUGUUUGUUUUAAAAUGUUAUGUAUAU